UCGUGACUUUAGAGGCUUAAUCUUGGGGCAAAAUAAAGCGAUUAUUUGCCUUUUGCGCAUAUAUCUUUUAAGAAAUUUCAAGUCCAUGCUGUAGAUAGAAGUGUUAUCUCGUGGAUAUUAGAAUUUCUCGUCAUUUAAAUUGGUUUAAGAAGUAUCCAUGGCCCCGAGUCGAGGAUCAGGAUUUGAUGGACAGUUAUUUUUUGUGUAUGAUCGUGAAGCAGUAACAAAGGAAGGAGACCCACCUGAAGAUGCUAUUAUCUACUUCUAUCCACCAUYGGCAUCUAUUGAGAGCAGGGUCAGUAUUUGUGGACAGCUGGUUGGAGUGAGCAAUUUCCUGACUACAGUGCUUGACUUUGCACCUGUGCUUAUUAAACUGAAAACAGAAAAAGUUGCAUUAUUGCAGUCUGGCAAAUACACUUUGUUUUCCAAAGACCACAUAUCAUUUCUAUCAAACAUGACCAUCAUAUGGGACUGUUAUCUACCAUUCAUUCGUUACUAUGGAGACACCUUGCCUGCUGUCUUUGAUCCCUUACCAUUCCUCAAAACACCCAAGACCUCAUCUGGAAGCUUUCUCAAGGCAUCUCACAUUCUUCAAGCUUGUCAAAGACGUCGUCAUGUUCUUGGUGGCUGCAUUCUGUAUAAGAAAAGUGUGCUAUGUACUCAGUUAGAGCCGUGCAUUACCAGAAGGCUGUUGCUGUUUAAGCCUAACCAAAGUCAUCAUCCAGCAAAGCAGGUGAACACUGAAAUUAACCUUCCUUUUGGUGUUCGUAUUCUUCAUUCAUUUCUUACCACGUAUGAAUACGAGCGGCUGAUACAAGAGCUGUCGAGGUCCCCAUAUCAUCAAAACCCAUCCUCUCAUCCAACCGGAUCGUCUGCACCAGCCGAAGACGAGCAAGGAAAGGAACUAAACAGAGUCGUGGGGGAGCGAUUCAAUGGCUUGCUUCAUAAAUCAGUUCGAAAAAGAAUAGAAUCUGAGUCCCAAGGAGUCUCUGGUGCCAAAGAAAAUUGCAGCAAAAAUAAAUCUAACAAGAUAGCAAAACCGAAAACAAAAAAUCGUAGUGUCAGAGAACGAAAUGUGAGCUCUCUUGACAAAGCAGAUCUACCCUCCACACUCAAACAUGAAUCUAGUCAAAAGAAACUUAGGGGAAAAGAAAUGAAGAACGACUUAAUUGAUGGGAAUAAACUUCGUAUGGACCUGUCCUCGAAGCAUCACGAGCACUCCGAAACUUCUGACAGUACUCUCUACCAAGACAAGCAUUUAUCUGCUAAGACUGUGAAUGAGUUACCUAUUGGGAAAGAGAAUACCGACAAAGAUGACGACGAAAAUAAAGUUAGCGAGGAAAUCGGCGCCACAAGCCUUACGAAUUACCAAGAAAGGUUAAGUUUGAAAGAUGGGACUUGUUAUCCAGCUCCUAGUACGCAAGACGAUUAUCGUUGUGAUAGCAUUAGUUCAGAUGAGGAAGAAUUAACAAUGGAUGAAGUUGACGUUAAAGAACUUAAGAUUGUUUCUUUCGCGGAGAAGGAUAGCAGUUUUCCAUGUGAUGAAGCAGGAGUUUUUUCUGAAAUAAGCUCAAGUGAAUCCCAAGAAACUGUCAAAGAGGUUUGCAAAGAAUUCGUUUACGAUCUUAUUGAACAAGUUGUCAAAACGUCCGACUCACGUUCAACUCAUGGCAUAUUAUCGAAUGGUAUCUCCGUUCAUACGACGUCUGAUGAAGAUUUACCAUUCAGCUCUUUUUCUAACCAAUAUCACGAGGGACCAAAUUCACAAACCAAUUGCCAGGGUGAUAUAAUGAAUGGAUGUCGAAAGCAGCCGAUUUCUUUAGGCCUCGAUAUGGAGGAACCAAUCAACGGUCACGUCUCAGAAUCUAAUUUUGGGACCUCGGAAGGACAGCACAAUGGCAUACUUCGUAUAGGCGCGCUAGAAAAUGGCUAUUCAAACGGAGAAGAUUUAGAACAAGCUAGUGUUAAAUCUCCUGUAGCAGCAGCCGAAGAUGCUUCAUCUCAGUCUGAUCUUGGCUGUAGUACAACCGAACUGAUGGAACAAAAUGGCUGUAGAGAAAAGAGUGAAAGCAUCUUUACUAACGAGUCCGAAGAUAGACGAACUUACAGUAGCCUUUGCGGGAAUCCCGCGGGCGCUCUUACUGAUUCUUUUUCAGAAAUGUCUGACACAGACACCAAUGACCCCGCGUCUCAAAGACGAAACGAAUGUACUAUUGAUUGUUCUUCAGGAGUGUCCGACGAUGAUGCUUCAUCAAAAGGGUGCGGAAGUCCGGGCAGUGAGUAUCAUGACUCGCUGGAAGACUUCGUCACCGAUGGCGGGAUAUCCGACGAGAAAUUCCUCGAAGAAUCAAGUAGUGAACUUCUACGAGAUUAUAAAACUCUAAACAAAAACGACUUUGCAGUCAAUAAAUAUUCUCCCAAAAACCUGAACUUACCCAAGAACAAGAACUCAGAAAAAUCUUUUUUCAAAGACCUGGUCGAUGGAAGUAAGGACAGCGCUGAAACUUCUUCUAGUUGUGAGACGAAAACGAACGGUAUCAAACAUGGAGAGUCAAAUCCAGAGUCUUUAGAUUCCGGAGCGAAUGGCUGUCACAGAGAUAGCCGAACGUCAAGCGGGUUGUCAGAGUACGAUGAUACUACCUCGACAGACAUGUCCCGCGGGUGUCCCGAGGAUUGUAAGGAUACCUUGGGAGACUCGGGACUGUGUCUUUUCCAUGAAGGGUCAGAUAAUGUAUCCCAUAGUGAAACUGAAGUUGACAGCAAUCCCGGCGUGCCUCAGGAUCAUGGUGACGAUGAGGAUGCUGAAGAACAAGUUGAGCAGACAAAGGAAGACAAUGGCGACGACGAUAAAGAAGAAGUCGAUCGUGAUGAAGAAAUGGAUGACAAUGCUUUCGAGGACGUCGAUGGACUGGUCCAUUUUAACCUUUAUGUACAAGCCCACUCCAACACAGUCUUGAUUCUUCUAGCCGAGGAUCAGUUACACCAGGACAAUGAAACAAUCAAAGCUCUGUGGAAGACGUCUUUGAACGAACUCGGUGAACUGGAAGUACGGUUGAACCAGUGCCACGAAAAUCUUGACCAAUCACUCAAGCACGAAGAUUACAGCUACUUGGUUUAUGAUGGCUUAAGCAACACCACUAAGGGUAAUUUAGAGGAGCCUGUACUGCAGGCUGAUCACAUGUUUUGUGACACUGCCAAGACUGUUCACGAGCAGUUCAAUAACUGUGCUUCCCUCAGAUCCGUCACUUUGAGAAACUCAUCUUCUGCGGUGCACUGUCAAAGGAGCCUGGGACAAGAGGUCUACUUCCAUAAAAAGGGUUCUUUUAAGUCAUUUUUAAGCAGCUUAUCUCCUCGCGACCCCGCAUUUACCCUGGAGAAACGCGCCUGUAAACUGCUACACAAAGAUCAUGGCAUCAACGUGUACUAGUCUAGUCAUUCAGUCUAUUAUGAUAAUAUUUGAGGACAUAGUCCCAUUUAGUAGCUCCAGGGCUAAAAUUUACGUGAAAUUUCGCAACGUGUUAAUUUCGCGAUUCGGGAGGUCGCAUAUUUUGCCACCUAGUCUAUAGUCAAUUCCGCGAUUUCUUUAAAUAAAUCCUUCAUAAUUCGUUACCAAAURCGCACAAAUACCACGUCAUUACGCAACAUUAAUAACAAAAAAUAUAUCUUUCGCGUUAGUUUCUUGGUUCUGACGUUUUGCCAUUUUCUCAUGUUGAACCACUUCAGUUUUGCGCGGACAAAUUUUCGCGAAAAUAAACUUUAAUGCAAUGAAUGAGUAAAAUUUUUUAACUGCACUUUAUAUCGCAGCUACUUAAAUUGAUAUGAACGGAUGCAGUGGACUGAAGCGCAAGACACAUUAUAGUACGUAUUCUUGAGAUUUAGAAUAAGACCUGGAUUAAGACGAAUAGGGUAGCGGAAAGAGUCUAGACUGGUAAAAAUUGUAACGAAAAAUAACUUUCCCUUUUAUUUUUGUAUUUCGUGCGUGUAGCCUUUGCAGGCCUCAGUGGAUUUUUUUAGGACGGCCCCUAAGGAAGCCUGCAAAGCUGCUAGCGCGCGGUAUUUUCUUUUAUUUUUGAAAUAUUAGUCAAUCAGUUAGUGAGAAAAGUGGGUUCAGUUCUGGACUAAAUUCAACACUUCUUGAAGACGUUACUCCCUACCACAUCGACAAUUUGGUCAUGGGGUCAAUGAGCUUCAGUAAUUCUAAUCAUUUAUCAUGUAUAACAUGUAUAACGUCCGUUGUAAACGUGACCUACUUGAAAAACGUGCUAACAAAAUGUUACACAACACUUAUGAAUAGAAAUAUCUGCAAUAAGAGAAUGGAAUACCUGGUUGAAUGACUGUGUGCACCAUUAACUUUUUCUUUACAAAGGGGGAAUUUUGGGAUAAGACUAGAUAUGUCUGUAAAAGUACCGUUGGAGUCCUUCAGGGGACUCUAAGAUUUCAGGCUGCACAGCUUGGGUGAAAUCGGGGAAACCCUGGAAAAAAAUGUUCGCCAGAUGUAAAAAAAAAAAUCCCUUUCGAUGGCAAGAUAGUUUUUCCUUUAAUCAUUAAUAAAAGUAAUAAAUUUGCUUAAAACAAGCAAUGACAUAAAACGGAAAACAAAACAAAGUCUAGUUUUCUAUUCAUUGAAUUAGAAAUAUUCUCAAGUUUUCGAAGUCAGUUGUAACAGUCUUAUCUAUUCCCUUUGUUUGCACGUUGCGUCAUCGCGGUCAUGUUGACUUCGUUUCAAUAAUGAAUUUUUUGAUCGAAUAAUGAAAUCAAGAAUCCAAAAAUAAAUUCAUUAAUGAGGUCUACGUGUUCACGCUCGAGGUGGUUUGACUGUAACAAAUAUUAACCGCACCAACAUGACUCUCAUCUCACUUAGGAAUGCUUGCAACCCAUCAAUAGAGGCUUAGCUUUGCACCAUCAUGUGCUCACGCCCAUUAUAACUACAGAACUGCCUGUGAUUGGAUGGCAGAACAAUAAAAUCCCUUUGCUCUCGAGAAUUGAAUUAUUUCUCAUGUAAGACGAUUGCAUUGUUCCUGCCAUAUAACGUUGGAGACUAUGCUAUAGGUGGAAUGUCACCUGUCUAGUUCUCCGCAACAGUUUAACUGUUGGAAGUUUAAUAAAUAAAAAAUAAAACAUAGCUGCGGUCACGUGAUGGUGCAAAGCCUCCAUAGCAGCUUGAUACAUCCAAAUUCAAAUGUAUGCCUCUAAAUGUUAAACAAAUGUUUGCAGACAAUAGAGUGUACAUAUCUGCUAUAUAUUAGUCAAUAAGAGUGAAUCAACUUUUUUAAUGGUUUUUCACUUUAUGCCCAUGACUUCUUUGGGGGGCAGAUCCAAAAGAGACACUUUUUAACAAGUGCUUGUAAGGUUCAGUUUGCUUAAAAAUUAAGGAUUUUAGUUCAAAUUGUUUUCAUGCCGUUCGAGCAAUCAAGCGUUUAGUAUUCUGUAUUAUUUAGUUCGCAAUUGACUGAUCACAUACUCGAGAAACAAAAAGACAAUAGACAAGGGGCGUUUGACAGAUUUUCACUUGGGGGUUAAAAGUAUUAUCGCUUAUAGCGCCACUUUUGUGUUCCUAUAUAUUAACCAUUCCGAGGUUGAGAAACAACUCGGUCAAUCGCGAGUUGUAAUGUUGGACUGCUUUAGGGGACGAAAUAAACGCCAUCUUGGACGACCUAAAACAGUACAGUAUUUYUAGUAUCACUGAAUAUUGUACGACACUUACUGAGUCACGUACGUUACCAUAUCACCUCCCUUUACGUGACUCUGGAUUAUUCACUGUAAAAAAGUUACUAAUAAUAAUCAGGAGUAGUAUCAUGGGAUUUAUUCCGUAAUGUGUAGUUGAUCAGUUGUAGAUUAUAUAGAGAAGCUUUAACUUAUUAGUCUCAUUCACAGAAUGAAGGAAUUUCAGUUUUCGUGUUCUUUGUUGUUGGCAACUAGAAUGGCUCUCACGUGGUGCCGAAAGUAAAGACACGUUUUAGGA